CUUUGUUUUAGUAAUAUAAUAGUAAAAAAGGUAUAAAAAAAAUUAAAAAAAAGCAUAAACAGAUGAUCUGCAAUUAUCCUAUGUACUAAAGAAAUAUGCUGAAUGUCAUCUGGACAAUUUCUCUAGUGCAUUAAUAGACUUAGUAUGUUGUCAGCAAAAGCACAAUACACAUUAUCCUAAAGAUUUUAAUUAUAAUAACGUGGUGACGAUUUGACAAAGAUUUGUGAUCCUUCUAUAGUAAUUAAUAUUCACAAAAGAUAAAAUAAGAUUUAAAAUGAAAAUGUUUUAUCGAAUCACUUAGCAAAUUAAAAAUGGAGCUUGAUCUGGCCACACAGUUUCGACAAGUUCUUUUAAUUCCGAAAGAUCGCAGGAGCAAUGCUCACAUCGAUAUGAUUUACACACAAUUGCGUGAAAUUCAAGUGGUGUCGCAACUUCCUGAAUCUGUAAUACGCUUAAUGGCACUUCAUUCUCGGUAUGAAGUUCAUGAAUCUAAUGAACAGUUAUACUGUGAGGGUGAUGUUGCCCAUUGUUGGUAUAUAUUAUUAUCUGGAUCAGUGUUUAUAGAAAGAAUUGAUAAAAUGUAUCUACCUGGAGAAAGCUUUGGACAAAAAACGAAAAGUGGCAGAAGAGACGCUGAUUGUUUCAUAUUGGAACAAUCAGAAAUGAUUGUUAUUGAUUACCAUAUAGAAGAUCAAACACUGAACCGAAGAAGUCGUCCAAUGUCAUUUGACCCCACUAUGGAGUAUUACAGAGAUGAUCGUGGAUCGUCAGCAGAUAUGCAGCAGUUAAAAGAAGUAUUUAACAAAUCAGAGCAUCAAACUUCUACAAACAAACCAGCUAAUCAAUGGAUAUCUUCUAGUGUUGAAAAUCUUGAUGAUUCUGAUUUUGACUUGUCUGGAAUAAAAGAAAGUAACGAUGUUAAUAUGGAUUCAGAUGAUGAAAUUUUACCAAAUGAGUCUGCUGCUGUUCGUGAUAUUGUCCGUGAUUGCUUAGAAAAAGAACCUGGUGAAAGAACAGAAAAUGACAUAAAUAUACUUAUGGAUUUUAUGCAGCGACUUCCAGCAUUUAACAAGUUGACACACAAUAUCAAAGUAGAGAUGUGUAAAGUGAUGGUCUUUGCUGUUGUUGAUGAAGCAGGAGCCAUUGUUAUGUCAGAUGGUGAAGAGAUGGACUCUUGGUCAGUAAUACUUAAUGGAUCAGUAGAAAUUUUGUAUGAAGAUCAACCGCCUAAAACACUUCAUCUAGGAGAUUCCUUUGGAGUUAAAACAACACAAGAGCAAAUGUUUCAUAAAGGUGUAAUGAAAACAAGAGUAGAUGAUUGCCAAUUUGUUUGCAUUGCCCAAAAUGAAUACUGGAGAAUAUUUUCUCACGGUGAAGCAAGCUGUAGAAAGGUUGAAGAGGAAGGUGAAGUUGUUAUGGUUACAGAACACCGUGUUCAAGAUGGGGGUAGCAGACAGGGUCAAGUUGUUAUUAAGGGUACUCCCGAGAGACUUUUAGAUCAUUUAAUGGAAGAUCACUCUGUCAUUGAUCCAACUUACGUUGAGGAUUUCCUUUUGACUUAUGUUGUGUUUUUCAAUAAAUCACAUGAUAUUGCUUCAAAAUUACUUAAGUGGUUUGAGCGUCCUCAACUAAAAGAUAAGGUAACUAGAGUUAUGCUUCUUUGGGUUAACAACCACUUUUCAGACUUUGAGGGAGAUGUCUUUAUGGAAUCUUGUUUGGAACGUUUUGAGUAUUUAUUAGAAGCGAAAAAAAUGCUUGGACAACUGCGUCUUCUAAAUAUGGCUUGCUCUGCUAAGUCUAAACCUCGAAUUAUUAAUUUACAAAGACUUUCUAAAGAGACUCAUUUAGAUUUUUCAAUAUGCGGUGGUCGAGAAAAAGGUUUUCCAAUUUUUGUUUCAAAAGUCAACUAUGAUUCUAAAGCAGCUGAAUUAGGACUUAAGCGAGGUGACCAAAUUAUAGAAGUGAAUGCUCAAGCUCUUGAUCAAUUCAGUUGUUCAAAAGCAAUAGAUUUCCUUAUGUCAAAUGCCCAUUUAUGUUUAACAGUUAAAACAAAUACAAUUGGUUUCAAAGAAGUCAUACAACCAACUGCAAAAAAAACUCAAUCUAGUCAUGGAAGUUUAGAUGAAACAGUGCUUAGUCAACAAAUUGGUGCAUUAGAUCUUAGAGUUUCUAACAAUAAACUUGGGACUUCUACAAUUAGUAGGAGCUCCUCUGAUGUUAAUAAUGUUAAAGGUAACAAAAAAGCCAAGAACUUUUCUGAUAUGACUGAUAGUUUGGCAUCCAUCUCUGGCAGUUCUACUCUUCCUAAAAAUAGUAAGCUAAAACGAGCUAUGCUGAAGUUUAGUUUCAUGCCUAGAUCACCAAGUGAAAGAGAGCUUAACAAGUUAGAUUACCAAGAUAGUACUCAACCAUUCACUAGAUCUUUUACUAAACCUUCACAAGAUUCACAUAACCAAACAAAUGCAGAUGAUAACCAUUCUACAGAUGAUGAAUAUGAAGAUACAGUUAUUAAGGUUUAUCGUAGUGAUCAUACUAGCAAGUUUUUUAUUCUAAGAAAAGAUACCAUUGCUAAGCAAGUUGUAAUUAGUGCUUUGGAAGCUUUCGGAAUCACAGAUUAUGCUAGCAAAUCUUAUUUCUUGUGUGAAGUAACAGUAACUGAAGAUGGUCUUAUUAAGCAAAAGCGCCUUCCUGAGAAAACAAGUAACCUUGCAUCUCGAAUUUCUCUUAAUAGCAGGUAUUAUAUCAAAGCUAGCAUUUCUGAAGGACCGAUUUCUGAUGAAGUAGCUCAGGAAAUUGCUAGGGAAGCAAAUUUUAAUUUGCUUCAACUUACUCCAUUAGAUGUUGCUAAAGAAUUAACAUUGCAGGAUUUUGAUCUUUUUCGAAAUGUUGAUUCCAGAGAAUAUAUUUAUAAUUUAUUUGAAUCCAAUAAUGAAAGAAAGUCGAAAAAUUUGAGAUGUGUUGAGCAGACCACCAACACUGAGAUGUUUUGGGUGAUUAGUGAAAUUUGUCUAGAAUCAAAUAUUGCAAAGCGUGUGAAAUUGUUAAAAUAUUAUAUCAAAGUAGCGAAAUACUGCAAAGAUUUUAAAAAUUAUAACUCCAUGUAUGCCGUUAUAAGCGGCUUAGCUAAUACUGCUAUUUCGAGAUUAAAGCAUACUUGGGAGAAACUUCCUCAAAAACAUGAAGAUAUGUUUCAGGAUUUGUUAGAUCUCAUGGAUCCAUCACGAAAUAUGUCAAAAUACAGAAACAUGUUUACUGGUGAACAGUGUUAUCCUCCUAUCAUACCUUGGUUUCCAAUUGUGAAAAAAGACAUGACUUUUUUGCAUCUUGGAAAUGAUACCCAUGUUGAUGGUCUUGUUAAUUUUGAGAAACUUCGAAUGAUAGCACGUGAAGUGCGUAGAGUCUGUAAGUUCUGUGCAAUUGGUUAUGAUCCAUAUAAAAUGGAGACAUUACAAGACAAUCCUGGAGAAAAUAAUGUUGCAUUAUCUGUUGUAAGUAUCAUGACUGGUGCUCCUAAUCGGCGUAGUGGAAGAGGAUUUGUUAAAGAUCCGAAGAAAACUUAUGAAGAAAUUCAAACAAGUCGUAAAAUUCGCCAAUAUCUAGAGAAGUUAUCUUCUAGACAUUAUACUGAAAAAGAAUUGAUAGAAAUGUCAUAUAACUGUGAACCUCCAUUGACUUUAACUGCACCUGGAGUCUCACAACGUAGUCGUAGCAAACCGCCACCGUUAACAAAUUCAAAUAAAAGUGCAGAAGAUAAAUCUGAAAGCUCUCGUACAAACUCAGUAUCAUCUCUAGAAUCGACAGUAACCAGCAAUCAACCCCCUCGAAGAAAAUUACCAACACCAACUUCAAGUACUACUAGUGCGGAAACUUCAAGUUUACCAGAUUCAUCUAGCAGUAUAUUAUCACGAAAUGGGUCUUGGAGAUCAGCAUCAAGUGGCUCUCGGAACUUCAGACCUCCUUAUUCGUUUACAGCUAACGAAGACCAAGUUGAUUCCGUACUCUACGAUAACGAAAAUGUUCAGAUAUCUAUGGUUUAACUUCCCUAAAUUCUAUAUAGAAAAUGUUCAUCUACGGUUUUACUUCACAAAAAUGAAUGGGCAAAUCUAGUAAGCUGAUAACAUCCUAUUAUAAAAAACAAGGUUUAACUCGUUCUGUGAACUGUUAUCACUAUAGUAUUUGAUUCUACAUACCGAAAAAAGCGAACAAAAAAAAAAUCAAAUUUGUAAAUAUAUUCAAAUGCUAAAAAAUGUAUAAACUUUUACGCGUGGGGCUGGCAAUCUGCUUGUUUAAAUAUGACUUUUUUAAAAAAAUUAAAUCUAUGAAACAAUUUUUUUAACGGUGGUCUUUACCUGGUUUGACUCCUUUCGAUUCACAAAUAUCUUUCUGAACAAUUUUUAUUAAAAUAAAUCCACUGCUUCGCUAAAACCUUCUGUAUGCAAGGCAAUUAAACAAAUAAGACUGUAUUACAACUUCUUAAUAUUAUUGUUAUCGUUUUUAUACUAUUUAUUUAUCAGGUGUGGAGCAAUUAUCAGGUGUGGAGAAGUUAGCUUUUAUGAUAAUAAAUUAAAAGAAUUUUUUUUCUCUCCUCUAAUUAGUUCGAAAAGAAAUUUUUUAUUUUAUGUAUAAUAUGUUUUAUCUAUUGGAGUUGGAGAUCUAAUGUCAACUCGGCAAAUAUAUUUUUGUACAGUUAAA